AUGGAGGAAGAAGGGAGGUUCGAAGCCGAAGUUGCUGAGGUGCAAUCAUGGUGGAACUUUGAGAGGUUCAAGCUAACCCGGUGACCCUAUACCGCUAGAGACGUUGUGUCACUACGGGGCAACCUGAGACAAAGCUAUGGCUCGAAUGAGAUGGCGAAAAAGCUCUGGAGAACUCUGAAGACCCACCAAGCCAAUGGCACAGCCUCCAGGACUUUCGGGGCGCUCGACCCCGUGCAAGUGACCAUGAUGGCCAAGCACUUGGCCACGAUCUACGUCUCUGGUUGGCAGUGCUCGUCGACCCACACCUCCACCAAUGAACCGGGGCCGGACCUCGCUGACUAUCCCUAUGACACCGUCCCGAACAAGGUCAAACACCUUUUCUUUGCUCAACAAUACCAUGAUCGUAAGCAGAGAGAGGCGGGGAUGAGCAUGAGCCGAGAGGAGAGGGCCAGGACCCCAUAUGUUGACUAUCUCAAGCCGAUCAUAGCUGAUGGCGACACUGGAUUUGGUGGCACAACAGCGACUGUCAAGCUGUGCAAGCUUUUUGUUGAGCGCGGUGCAGCUGGAGUCCACCUUGAAGACCAAUCCUCAGUGACCAAGAAAUGUGGCCACAUGGCUGGUAAAGUGCUCGUUGCGGUGAGCGAACACAUCAACCGGCUCGUGGCCGCGAGGUUGCAGUUUGAUGUUAUGGGAAUUGAGACUGUCCUGGUCGCAAGAACCGAUGCGGUUGUAGCGACUUUGAUCCAGACCAAUGUGGACACUAGAGAUCACCAAUUUAUAUUGGGUGCCACCAACCCAAGCCUCCGAGGGAAGAGUUUGGUCUCACUUUUGGCAGAGGCAAUGGCAGCAGGUAAAACCGGGCACGAGCUUCAAGCCCUCGAGGAUAAUUGGCUAGCCAUGGCACAACUCAAGACAUUUUCUGAAUGCGUCACAGACGCAAUCAAAAACAUGAGCGCCGGGGAGGACAAGAAGAGGAGGAGGCUGAAUGAGUGACACUCUAGCUUCGACAAGUGCCUCUCGAACGAGCAAGGCCGUGAGAUCGUGGAGCGACUGGGGCUCAAGAAUCUCUUCUGGGAUUGGGAUUUGCCUAGGACCCGGGAAGGAUUCUAUAGGUUCAGGGGCUCAGUUAUGGCGGCAAUAGUUCGAGGAUGGGCAUUCUCGCCUCACUGCGAUCUCAUUUGGAUGGAGACUUCAAGCCCCGACCUGGUGGAGUGCACCAAAUUCGCUGAGGGCGUGAAGUCAAUGCAGCCGGAGACCAUGUUGGCAUACAAUCUCUCUCCCUCGUUUAACUGGGACGCUUCAGGAAUGACAGAUGAGCAGAUGAGAGAAUUCAUCCCAAGGAUCGCCAAAUUAGGAUUUUGCUGGCAGUUCAUCACACUCGCUGGCUUCCACGCCGACGCACUGGUGAUCGACACGUUUGCCAAGGAUUUCGCAAGGAGAGGAAUGCUGGCUUACGUGGAGAGGAUUCAGAGAGAGGAGAGGAACAAUGGAGUGGACACAUUGGCUCAUCAGAAGUGGUCUGGUGCUAAUUUCUUUGAUAGGUACCUCAAGACUGUCCAGGGAGGCAUCUCCUCCACAGCUGCUAUGGGCGAAGGGAUGACUGAAGAGCAGUUCAAAGAAUCAUGGAUGAGGCUGGGGGCAGUGGGGCUCAGAGAAGGGGCAGUUGUGGUCGCCAAGUCGAGGAUGUAGGAGAGCUAUAUGUGGCUGUUGUCAAUGGGGUUUAGAGGGAUCAUUGCCCAGUUUCUCUAUUUCGUGGAACUGGAGUAGAAUAAUAAUGUGUGGGAAAUAAUUUACAGUUAGGUCAAUUGAGUCAUUCUGGGCAUUGUUUUUUGGGGCCAUAAUGUUGCAUGUCGACAAUCUUUUUCAGCUCUCUUCUGAACUUUGCG